AUGGCAGCCGUCGCCCACAGCGAGGUGGCCGUCGCGCCGUCCAAGACGAAUGGAGUGAAUAGCGAAGAGUCGCGCGCACAGACGCCCGGCAUCCAGUCGUUCCUACAGACUAAGACGCAGGCGUACGAGCGCCAGAUCAGCGAGAAAGCGCAAAACCUCCGCCGCCUGGAGGCGCAGCGCAAUGCGCUCAAUGCGCGUGUGCGCCUGAUCCGCGAGGAGCUCCAGCUGCUCCAGGAGCCCGAGUCGUACGUCGGCGAGGUCGUCAAGGUGAUGGGCAAGAAAAAGGUGCUGGUCAAGGUCCAGCCCGAAGGCAAGUAUGUUGUCGGCGUUGCGCCCGGCAUCGACGUCGCGGAGCUGAAGCCGUCGUUGCGUGUGGCGCUGCGCUCGGACUCGUACACGCUGCACAAGAUCCUGCCGAACAAGAUCGACCCGCUCGUGUCGCUCAUGAUGGUCGAAAAGGUGCCGGACAGCACCUACGAGAUGGUCGGCGGUCUCGAACGCCAAAUUAAAGAGAUUAAGGAGGUGAUUGAGCUUCCGGUGAAGCACCCUGAGCUGUUCGAGAGCCUGGGUAUCGCGCAGCCCAAGGGCGUGCUGCUGUACGGGCCGCCGGGCACCGGCAAGACGCUCCUCGCGCGUGCCGUCGCGCAUCAUACCGACUGCAAGUUUAUCCGUGUGAGCGGCAGCGAACUGGUGCAAAAGUAUAUCGGUGAGGGCUCGCGCAUGGUGCGUGAGCUGUUCGUCAUGGCGCGUGAGCACGCCCCAUCGAUCAUCUUUAUGGACGAAAUCGACUCGAUCGGCUCGUCGCGUGGCGAUGGCGGCGGUGGCGGCGGCGACUCCGAGGUGCAGCGCACUAUGCUCGAGCUCCUGAAUCAGCUCGACGGUUUCGAGGGCACGCAAAACAUCAAGGUCAUUAUGGCGACCAACCGUAUCGAUAUCCUCGACAGCGCCCUCCUGCGCCCCGGCCGCAUCGACCGCAAGAUCGAGUUUCCCCCGCCAGGACCCGAGGCGCGUGUGUCGAUUCUGCGCAUCCACUCGCGCAAGAUGUCGCUGCAGCGCGGCAUCAACCUGCGCUCCCUCGCCGAAAAGAUGGGACAGUGCUCGGGCGCCGAAGUGCGCGGUAUUUGUACAGAGGCGGGUAUGUAUGCGCUGCGCGAGCGGCGGCAGCACGUGUCCCAGGAGGACUUUGAGCUGGCCGUCGCCAAGGUGCUCAAGCGCCACACGGACGGCUCGACGAGCGUGAACAAGCUCUUUACAUAG